AUGACAUAUCGCUGUCGUUCGGCCGCCUCGGGCUUGCCUCCUCUUGCAUCUCCGUGGUUGCGGUCGUCCGACAGCCUUGGGCUAGCCUCCUCGUGCAUCGUUGUGGUAGCCAUCGUCCAGCCGCCUCGUGCUAGCCAUACAACAGCCUUCGUCGGCGGCUUGGGCCCGAGGACAGCGGGAAGUGAAGGAGAGCCACGGGGAGGAACUGAUUUCGAUCUGCGCGGAUGCCGCGGAAGAAGCGGCUUCGUCCCCGAGAUCCAACGUCGCGGAGAUCAUCGGGGUUGUGUGGGAAGGGGGCUGGAGGCACCGAGAUCCAACGUCGUGCUCCUCCUCUCGCUCUUUGGCAAUCACGGGUCGGCCGCGGAUGUGGUGCGGCGGCGCAUGGUCAGGCGCGGGGCGGGCCCUGGCAGGAGGCGGAGAUGGGAUUGGGAGGCAGCCAGGCAGGGUGCCUGA